AUUGUGCACUUGUUGAUUUUUAUUGAAACCGCCGCUCGCCGCGACCGUCGUACGCUGACGUCUGCUGUUCCUGGCUGUUCCCGACGAUGGCCAGCAUAGCCGGGCUUUGGCGAGCAAACGUCAAAAAUUCGGCGAGUUACGCGAACAUCGAGAAGGCAUUAGUUCAAGAAGUGGUGAAGGCAGACCUUCGGGUGAAGUCGUGCAUACAGGAUAUUCAAGAUGGUUGUGAGAGUCAGGAAGAGUUAAACGUGAAAAAUUUGGAAGCGGGAGAGAGCAUGCGAACUCUCAAAAAGGCUCUAGAGAACCUCAGAGUGUUUGCCAUGGAACAGGACAAAGUUGAGGAAAAAGAGCGGUUAACGCGAGAAGUGGAGAGCCACACUUUAGGGAUGAAACGGAACACAGAGGCACUCCGGAAAGCCAACCUGACGGUGCAAAAGCACAUCGAGGCACGGUAUAGAGACAGUCUGCUUUCUGGAGGAUCACAAGUGAAGCAAAGGGGCCGCGCUGACAAGGAAACCCUGCUUCGGAGCACCACUGGCAUGACUGAAAGCCUGUUUUCUGUGAGCAGGAUGAUGGCAGACCAAGUCAAGCACAGCGAAAAUGCCUUGGAGAUGUUGGUGGGCACAUCGAGCGUGAUCACGGAGAGCCAGGAGGAGUCUCGCCACAUGAGCAGUACCAUCCUGCAGUCCAAGAAGCUUCUCACCAAGUACGGCCGGCGGGAGAUGACCGACAGGGUGCUCAUCCUUUUGGCGGUGGUGUUCUUCUUUGCCUGCGUACUGUACGUGCUGAAGAGGAGGCUUUUCUGAGGCCUCGGUUUAGCCAGGCUCUAGGAUCACCUGGGAAUGUUUCUUGCUGUCAACAGCUGGGUGUUAUCUGCAGCCCACAUUGAAACUUGAUAAAUAGGGAGCACAUCGUUCCGAUAACGAUUCCCGAUACAACGCCGAGGCCUUUGCGCGGACAUUGGUAUCGGAACGAUCUACUAAAACUCCCUAAUUAAAAGCACGCUUAAAGCCAGUAUGUGCAAGGUAUGGCCAAGGCAACUCCAACCACUGCUGUGCGUGACCAACACGGUUGCCUCAAGUCGUCACUAUUUCUCUCACUAGGCCGACCUGCAGUUGGAAAAAAGGAAGAGCCCUUUCCCUCUUUCAAUGUGGAUUACCUUGUCCCCUGAAGUUGGCUCCUUCCCUUUUUUUUUUUAUUACAAACAUCUGAGCUCAUGUUCAUCUUUACUCAAGUUUGUAGGUCGGCCUUUAGCAAGUCUAAAUUACAAAGCAGAACAGACGGAAGCUGUCAACAAAGCAGACCAGUGUAGGCCACCAAUGAAGGGUGUAGGUGAUAAACCAAUAUUUUGCGACGUUUUUCUUUAUUCAUAUGAAGAAUAAACAAGCAUUUUUUUUACAUCCA